AUGUUCCUGCACGGCCUCUCGGAGGAGGUUAAGGAUGAGCUUGCUACUCGGGAGUUACCCAUGGAUCUUGAAUCCCUCAUCACUUUGACCAUCCACAUCGAUGGGCGAUUGCGGGAACAACGGAUGGAGAGGAAAUUCAAUUUCACUCGCACUCUGCACAACCUGGCCCGGGACGUCUUCCUGGGGGCUCGGAAGCCGCUCCGGACCUCUCCCCCAUUCCUGCGGAGCUUCGCCUGGGAUUUGAAGCACUGUAAGGAGGAACUGCCUAACUACGCCCUCAGGAACUUCUCCUUCUUUCUCUUGGAUACCAUCUCUCCAGAGACGCUGGGGUUCCUGACGGCCAUCGGACUCUUCCUCAUUCUGAUGAUCAUCCUGUUCUUAUACCUCAACAACAAGCUAUCGCUUGAGAAUGCCGGGAGCCGGGCAUGCCUAGACGAGUUCAGGAAAACCAAGGAGUUGCAAGAAAAGAUCUACCCUGACGGUGACCUGAAGGAUUCGUCGUCAGACAGCGAGGAUGAGGUGAUGGGCCAGUACCAAGAAGCAGUCAACCGUUCGCAGGGUCUCCGAGGCGGGGCUAGCGGCAGCCAGUCGAAUGGCUACGGCUGGGAGAUGAGGCAGAAGUACAGCCCCCAAUUAGCCGAGUAUGACGGCUACAGCAGCGAGGCCUCGGCAGAGGACGCGAACUGCAUCCAGAGGAUGAGGCGAACGCCCCCGCUGGAUGAGCUUCAACCACCACCGUAUCAGGAUGAGGACGGCUCCCCGCGGAUGUCCUACACACCAUCAGACCUGGGCGAUGCCAAGUGCAACCUGUCCCAAAACAGCGACAGUCCCCAUCACUCCUACGGCAAGUGUCCGAGCGAGGCCAGCAAUGGACAGGAGACAGAGAGUUACCUAAACAAGGGGUAUGAGGAGGACGUACCCAGCGACAGCACAGCUGUGCUCAGCCCAGAGAACAUGUCAGCCAGGGGGUCAGCCUCUCAGCUCCCCAAGGGCUACGAACCGGAACCGCUGGCCAAAUAUGGCACCCUGGACGUGGUGUUCGACUACGACUCCCAGGACCAGCGGCUGGCGGUGACGGUCACGGCCGCAACAGACAUCCCGGCCCUCAAGCGUACCGGCAACGUUGCCUGGCAGGUACAUCUGGUGCUGCUGCCCACAAAAAAGCAGAGGGCGAAGACGUGCAUCCAGAAAGGGCCCUGCCCGGUCUUCACAGAGACCUUCCGCUUCAGUCACGUGGAGUCCGAGAUGAUCGGCAACUACUCCAUUCGAUUCCGUCUCUACAGCGUGCGGCGGAUGAAGAAAGAGAAGGUGCUGGGAGAGAAGGUGUUCUACCUCACCAAGCUCAACCUACAGGGCAAGAUGUCGGUGCCGGUCAUACUGGACCCCUGCUGUGCCUUCCCUGGCGGUGAAUCCCAGGCUAGUAUAUCGGAGAUGUCCUGCAGCGAAAGUGCCUCUUCAUUCCAGUCAGCCAGCCAAGGCUCCACACCAGAGAUCUUGGUAGGGCUCGUCUACAAUGCCACCACGGGCCGUCUCUCAGUGGAGAUCAUCAAAGGCAGUCACUUCAAAAAUCUGGCUGCCAACAAGCCACCUAAUGGGCUGUUCUGUUGCCUGAAACACUUGAUAGGUGGCCAGGUUUAUAUUAUCAGAGAUACAUAUGUCAAGCUGACCUUAUUGAACUCAAUGGGCCAGGAGAUGUCCAAGUGUAAGACGUCGAUCUGUCAUGGCCAGCCCAACCCUACAUACAAGGAGACGUUUGUCUUCCAGGUUGCCCUCUUCCAGCUGUCAGACGUGACGCUCAUCCUCUCCGUGUACAACAAGCGCAGCAUGAAGCGCAAGGAGAUGAUCGGUUGGAUCUCGCUAGGCCUCAACAGCUCUGGAGAGGAGGAACUCACUCACUGGACCCAGAUGAAAGAGUCCAAAGGACAGCAGGUCUGCCGGUGGCACAGUCUGUUGGAAUCAUAG